AAUUCAGCAAUUCAGUCAAUAUACUAUGAAAAAAUUACCAUAUCAUCGAUCUCAAGGGGCUACGUACGUUAACUCAAAUUUUUUUUGAACAAAUACUGAUCAAAACCAUUGGCGAGGUUAACGGUCACCCAGAUUAUGUAGCUUGUUUCUGAUUAUUGCUUUUUAAAUUCCACUUAAAUUAACUCGAAAAAAAGUUACCGGAAGGCCCAGAAAACGCUGCAAAUCGCAUUUCCGAGAGACUAAAGUUCAAAAUUUCUCGGGGGAGGGCAUGCCCCCGAACCCCCCUAGCAACUCCCACCUGCCUCGGUUGGCCGUUUGGUCUGGCUACGGCACUGGACAAGCUCUAAAUAAUGUUGUAGCAGCUCUGUUGUUGACAUUCCCAAAGACCUCAAGCUCUUGUGGUGGCUUAUGCAAAUAAGGUUCAGCCUCUUUAUAGAUGAACUUUAAAUCAAAUGAAUAUGAUUUAUUUUAUAUACAUCUAUCACAGAUGGAAUUUUUUUGGCUAGAUUGCAAAAUAUCCGGCCCACUAAAAAUCUAACUUAAAGAAAAGCUGCUCCCGCAGUCCCAUAGUCGGUCGAUUUGUAUAAUUAAUUCUGAUAUCUGACUGCGGGACUGAGGGAGCACUCGUUUUACUUCGGUAUAACAGAACACCCGACUUCCGGAUUACGGGAGUAUUUUUUCAAGUAUGAGACAUUUAGUGGGCUGGGUAUUCUGCAAUCGCUGUUUUUUUCCACAUAAACCUCUAAAAACGUAAUUCGAAUCAGUUUUAACCCUUUUCAGACAAAUGUUCUUUACCAAUGAAAAACCGGAGAAGAAAUCCAUCGUGCGUGCAACAAUGGCUGGUACGGACAAGAAACUCUUCAGAGCGGCAUCCCCAGGGGAUUUGGCAGUGGACAAGACGAGAAACAGACUAUACUGGACGGACACUAUUAUGAAAAGGAUUGAGUAUGCAGAUCUCACAGGUACGGUCUUAGAGGUACGGGUUCGCUCUUGAAUGUAUUAUAUGAUUGCCACACUCAAAUGGGUGUCAAUAAAAAAAGAAAUACAACAGCAACAACAACGACAACUAAAAAAUUAGGCAAUGAACAAAGCUUAGAUUUCACCCAGUGACAAUAAACUAAGUAUCUAUUGGUUGGCAAAAAUAUGACAUUUUAGUACAGAAACGUGUGAAUUUUCUUGGUGUAAGUAGUAUUGGUAGUCUAGCCAGUGCCACAAAGGAUGCCGCCGACCGCCGCUAUUGUUCUCAAGUUGUCAAUCAAAUCCGCUAUUGUUCUCGAAUUUAUGGUAAUGAGGUAUGACAUCAUCAAGUAAGAAGAAGAGACAUUUCAUGUGUUACUAUAUAGGAGUAGAAAGGGAACAUAUAUGUGUCGAAGAGAGGAAAAAGAGAGGAAAAAGACAAGUGGGACAGAAUUGCUGUCCCCUCAUUACGCAUGCAAAAUGGGCAGAACGCAUGCGCAGAAACAAAAACGUUUUAAAACUUUGAAAAAAGUGAAAUAAAUUUCGUAAAUUCAAUCAGACCAAACAACAAAGGGAAUAUAGCUUAACUGGGAGAGCGCUCGCUUUGCAAGCGAGAGGUUCAGGGAUCGAAACUUCGUGUUUCCACUUUUUAUUUAAAAAAAAAUAAGGCAAAGCGAGGUUUUGAUCCUCGGACCUUUGGGUUAUGAGCCCAACGCGCUGACCACUGCGCUACGUAGCCUUUUUUGAAAAACCUGAAAGAACCCUGAAAGAACCAGUUACCUUCAAUAUCAAAUUAGAUUGGGCGCCAGUACUAACGGUAUCACGACUGCGCUAUGCCGUUACAAGAAGUAAUAUAUAGAUUUAGCCAGGGCUAAAAGCGAGGCUCCCAUUAAUAAAUUUAUAAUUUAAAUCAAACAAUAAACUUGUAUUCCACAAUUCAGUUAACUUUAGAGCACAUUCGUGUGACUUUUUAGGGAAAGGCUAAGUGAUUUUACAAAAAAUAAUUUGCACCCAAAAACUGGCAAUCAUCUUCGAUCACAUUUAUUAAGAGCCAUAAUGGCUCUUGAUCACCGUAGAUUAAUUAGGCCUGGAAAAAAAUUCCGGCCGAAUUUUUUGCGUUCGACAAGUUUACUUUACAAAAUCUUGCCAACAAAUCUGGGUGCGUGUAAACCAACCUUUUAUAUCAUUUGUAUAUCACAUCUGAGGUGAAACAGUACUACGGGGCUCUGUUUUAUCAUACAGACCUCGGAGAACAGAAUGCAGUAUUUCGCAAUAUUGCGUACAAAUUGCUAUCAUUCAAUAUUCAGGACGAUCGCAGCACGCGUGGGCUUUAGCUAAACCGUUAAAAAAAAUUUUUUCAAAAUCAUCUAUACGGCCAGCCGGUUCUGACUUUUGCAGUGCUAGCCGUGGCGAGUGUUUGAAUGAACAUUAACACAGUUACGCUCCAACAUAAUAAAUAAUUUAUUAUGUUUAUUUUCUAUUUUAAAACGGUUUAACGCGCGGCAUUUUGAGUACUCCGGGAAGCGUUGUUCACUGAACGACUGAAAACGAUCGGCACAGCGAUUAAAAUUACAAGAGACAGUACUAACAAUCAAUAAAAGAAAUAUAACUCGGUGAAACAUAUACAGAGACGACAAUUUUCAUUCAGGAAGACAACUAUUAAAGUGUCUCUAAAAAUCCUGAGUCUUCGAGCUUAAAGCUGAACUUUAUGUUUUAAGCCGGCUUCCCGGUGUUUGCUUUUUUCAAAGAUGAACUCGAGGCGAGGAAAUCGCUCAAACCUUUCUUUUACAGCCAGAAUUAUAACUAAAUAUUCCUUGAAACGUUUUCUUUCUAUUUUCGGUGAGAAAAUGUCUAAAGGCUUUUUAAAGAUCUGUAAGCUUAUAACAAAGAUACUCGGUCAGAUCAUUGUCUCAAACCUUACAAACGUGCGUAAACAAAAUAGCCGCAUAAACUACGCUCGACUUCAUUAAAUUAGGAAGAAAAAAAAAACAUCAGAUACAAUAAUUACUUAGGCUUACCACUCGAAAUGUAGCUCCUGAAAGGUAUCAAGUAAGGCCAGUAUCGCUUCAGACUUAGCCACCCUUUUACACAUUAAGCAAGGUGAAAACGAAAACGAUGCCAUCCGAAAUCGGAUUUCCGACUUUGACUCAACCAAAAACCCAAUAAACAAACUAGCCAUGAAUAACAGAAGACUCCUGAUAGAAUCUGAAUUUCAUUUUGUACAUCCAGUGGAAAAAGAAAGUUAAAAACAUCACAAGUUGACACAAAACUCUGUCAGCUUCAGCUGUCAAAGGAAACAAGAUUCAAGAUGCUGCAUACAUUUUCCGCAUGAGCUCACCUGUCAAAUUUUGACCAAUCAGAACAUAAAAAUUGGACGUAGAGCAUGACCAACGCGUGAACAUGGCGAGAAAAGUCAAAAGCAACUGUCUUCCCUGCCUGUAGCAGCUGGCUGAAUUUUCGCGUCCGAGAUCAGUUUGAAAUCAAAAUUUUAAUUGUGCGGCACAUAAAUACAACAUAUUUCGUAUGAAUUUUAAAAAAAUUAAACUUGAGCUUGCGAUCAUUUGAAAACCAUCAUCCAUUUCUGACUUAAUCAAUCAAGAAUGGCCAAUAAAGUUUUUGUCAGUGACACCGUGCAUAAUGUGCCCAAAUAGUGUGUCAAUGGUAAUGGUAACAGUUCCACACUUUGAAGAGACAACAAUGUCUGUGAUUUCAUAGGAAAACGACGUUCUGCACUCAACCGUUGAAGUUAGUGCAAUAAAGUAUCACUCAUUCCCAUUAACAAUGAUUCGUGUGCUUCUGGCGGUCGAAGUUCUUGAACUUUAACGUUGAAUUGGAUUUCGUCCACUCUGUCAUUGUCAGCAGUAUACCUGUCACCUGUUUUCACCAAAUCAAUCUUGAUCAAUGGGUUAUAUGAAUUAUACCGAUGAGGUUCUGUUUGUCGUUUUUCCAUCCAAUUGGAAAAUAUUUCCAAAUCAUGCAUAGUCACUUGUUGCAUCUUGACUGACUCUAACCCACAACUAUAUCUCAACACUCUUUGUAAUUGAAAUAUACUGAGUCAACAGAAUUUUCUUUCGUUUCCAGGACCCCUCUCCUGUUACCUCCCUCAGGGUUAGACAUCGAGACUUAGGGUUAAAAUGCUAAUAAACCCUAGUCUCUAGGGGUUAGGGUUAGACAUCACGGGUUAAAAUGGAAAUUAGGGUUAGGGUUAGGGUUAGGGUUAAGGUUAUUGAUUAGGGUUAGGCUUAGGCUUAGGCGCUUUACCAAAGGCAUUGACACCACCAAAGGAACCAGGUUGUGAAGGAUUUUCGUACGACAUGAUACACAAUGUAUUGACUAGCCAAAUACGAGAAUGAAUACAACCAGUCUGGAUGCCGGGUCUUUAAAUAGGGCAACACUGUCUGUCCUUGUGAAGGAAAUUGCAUAUGGAGCCAAGUGAUGUAAACGGCAUAGCGACCCCACGAUGGAUUUCUCUCUAUAAUAAAGACAAAUAAAGGCACUGCGUGACAGGCUUUGUUAGGAAUAACGAUGUCCUUACCUAGCUUUCCACAUAUCCAAACCGUACUUCUAUACUGUAACGCUUCCAUGAUGAUUUAGUAAAGACAGGUCAGCAUGUUCCACUUUAUAGUCGUGACUAAAGACUUGCCUGGACUUAUUUUCGACUCCAGUUUUUGGUAUACCCUUCGGUCCCCAUACAUGCAUGACAUGGCAAGGCCAAAAUGGUGUCACCUGGUUGUUUUCCAUCAAGAUAUCUUUGACAGUUUGAACAGAGUAACUCAUAACGUAGUUGAUCAUUAUCCCCACGUAAUGCUUUGAUUUCCCCUUCCAGGCAUUCAACAAGUUGUUCUUGUUUCUGUAAACGAGCUUGGGUUCUUUUCAAUUCUUCCUUACAAUCAUACCUUGCAUGAGUCAUCUCUAACAACCUUUUGGCUGACAUGAUGAACUGAUAAUGAAGGAUACAAUAAUUUAAUAGGCAAUUUAUAACCCUAGGUUUUAAGUCCUUAGGGAAUUGUACAUGUUGAGGCAAUGACGUUAAUAGCAUGAUGUCAGUCCUUGGGGAAUUAGACAUGCUGAGACAGACAAACCUAUAUCAUGAACAAAAAUAAUCACAACCUCUAACCCUAACCUAAUUAUAAUAUUAACCCUAGCCCUAACCUUCAUUAGCAUUUUAACCCUAACCAAGAACAAAAUAACCACCCUGACAUGAGUUUUUCAAAGGUUUUUAUUUUUAAGAAUGUUUUAAAAAUUAACACUUCUUAUAGUAGUGCCUUGUUUGAGUCCUUCUAGAAAUUGUUCAUGCGCCUUAUGCACUGUUUUGCCUUUCUUACAAUGAAUAUCAAAUAAAUGUUGAAAAAAUCGUUCUUGGGCUGGGGUUACAGGUAACCCUUGUUAUUUUCGCCUACAGCAAUAGGAGGCCAAACUACAGACUUUUUCUGGUAAGUCACCAAAGGGCCAUGGUCCAUUCACAGUCAGUGAUACUUGCAUCAGACCAAACACCUGUCGCUUUCUCCUGCUUUUCUGUCUGUUCCGCCUCUGAUGGUACAUCUUUCUUACGAUUCAUACAUGCUGCAAACUCUUUGUUGGCAAUGCUAUGGAUUUCUUUCCACUGAUCUUGUUUCUUGUACAUCUCUGCAGUCUGUGGACUCCAUUGAAAGGUACUUGGAAGAGACUUAUUUUUCUGGGCUUGCCACUGCUGUUCUUGAUUUUUGGUCGUUUCGGCAAACUGAUUUAACCAUGCUUUAUUGGAUUGCUCCCGUUUCCACUGGCUCACAUUCUGCUCAGCUUGUUGUAACCAUUCUGUCUGUGUCUGUUUAGUAACAGACUUGAGCGGUCUUGGUUUGUAGGAACGUUGUUGAUUGGAGGCAGUAAAUUUCACCAUGCCUGCCAUUCUGGUGUCGGAUCCGAAGGUAAAGGAUAUAACGGAGUGUGUAUCCACUGAAAAUAACGACAAGGUGGUCUUCGAUUGUAGAGGACACCACAGGUUAGAAACACUUUGUCGAUGUUUCUGGCUGUUUUACUGUGUCGCAUUUUUGGAAUAUAGUGACACAAACAUUCCAACUGACCCCAUUUGGCAUGAACUUCAGGAUGAAUGUCUUCUUUCAACGCAUGGUAUACAAUCUUCUUAUCCUCGACCUUUCCGUAAAACCAUGGACAUGGGUUAUUUUUAUCGUUUUCCGUUAAGAGAAACUUGGUGAUUAAAGGCUCAUCGGGUUUAAAACAACCUGCGUUCACCAACUCAAGAUCUCCGUUGAAGUUCAUCGCGAUGAAUGAUAUCAAACUGAAACACUGAGCUUAUUUUAUAGGAGGCUCAUUAUUCCCCAGGGUGUUGGGCAUGUUCAAGCAAUGACGUCAUGCUAUUCUCAAGGGUAGUGUGCAAUGAUAUCAACCUAUUCCCCCGGGUGUUGGGCAAGAUGAGAAUGUAACAUGAGAACACGUAGUCAAGUAGACAACACAAAUUUUAAUACUUCAAGUAUGAAAAAAUGUUUUACAAUGAUAAAAAGAGCAAAGUUCUUAAGGAAACGUGAAUCCUCCAAUGGUUUCCUCAACCUCUACUUUAGGGCGUUUCCACCGUUUCUCCAAACUCAUUCUUUCAUGCACCAUGUCCUUCAGUCGUUUCCUUAGGGCUGAUCGGGUCGCUGUUUUAGGCACAUACGUUGGCUUAGGGGGUUGAUGAACCCAUUGAAAGUACCCACAGCGAGUCUCUACAUUCUUGGGACAGCUUAAGAAGACUUUGUUCUUGUUUCUAGGUGUUUGACUGAGUUUCAGGAUGGGCACUAUUCUACAGUCACAGGCAAAUGUUCCUUAUUGAUUCAAUACUUUGGAAAGAAUCUCGUUACAAAGUGCGUCUAGGACUUCCUGUUUGUUCUCAAAACUUCCAAAGUACACGGGGCAGGUGUAGCACAAGACCAGUCGUUGAUUUGGUCGGACAAAGUUGGUGUGGAGAGGUUUGGGCUCUUCCAUGAGGUACUCUUACAACCGUGGCCACCAUUCUAGAGUGCGACCAUUGAUCAGCGCUAUUCCUUCGUCCAACACUUGAACUUGCUCUAAGUCUGGCUGAGUUUCCAUUGAGCUUGGUCCAUUGAACAGCUCGUCUACUGUCAUCUCUUCAUAGGAUGGGAGAACUUAAACGAAUCCUGCUUGAGUAGAUCCCUGCAUAAGUUCAUGAGAGGGAACCCCAGGGGUGUAGGAGGAGCCACGGGUUUGUUCCAAAGCGAGUAGUCCUUCGCGGAAAUAUGAUCGGUCUUCCCGUUCACUCUCCAACACUUUUUCCAAUCUUGCUUUCUCAUCAGCCUUUUUCUGUUUUCUUGCUUCGUAGGCUUUCUUUCGCUUUUCUUUGGAUUUUUGUUUCUGUGAUUCCAAGACUCUAGUUGUUUCAGAGACAUCCCUUGCAGCCCCCAACCGUGACUGAAAUCGGGAGCGGGUCUUUCCUCUUUCUUGUUUAAGGCUUCAAUAUUGGCUUGCUGUUCACCAGUCAGUCUCUUUUCCAAUUUUUCCAUUUUGUCAUUCGCUUUUUGAAACUUUUGACCUGUGGACGAUCCAUCUUGAGUUAGACAAAAUAUUUCAUCCAAAGCCUGACUGAGUUCAGCAGACUGAGACACUGUGAUUUCCAAAGUAGGGUCUAACAUCUUCAACUGCUUCACAGGUGGUUCUUGCAACUUGCAAAUAAUGACUAAACUGACAUCAAACGCUCACGUUUAUAGGGUUUUAAGUCCUUAGGGAAUUGGACAUGUUGAGGCAUUGACGUCAUUAACAUGACGCCAGUCCUUGGGGAAUUGGGCAUGAUUAGACAGGCAAGCCUAUUUAAAGAAUGCAUCCUACUUGUUUAUUUAUUGCAUCAUCAUGAGUCAACCAACUGAGACCUCUAUUUAUGUGACCCUCACCAGUAGUAAAUCCGGUGAGUUUCCGAACAAUUCUCCUAAUCAUUUUAAAUAUCGUCUCCCUCAAGCGAUAUGGUUAACUGGAAAAUGGAAAGUUGGGUUCGCCAGUCUGUAUUUACCUGGGGCACCAAACCCCAUUCCACAUGUGGUUACCUUUCAUUCCACUAUUCCAUCUCAUUCAGUAAUCCCAACACCACCGAAACAGUUCUCCUACAAAAAAUUAUCCAAUUUAUACAAAGGAACAAACACAGACAUCAUAUGUUUCCACAGUAUGCCAAGGCUUUUAAGUCAAGUCAAACGCGAGAAUUUUCGUCUAGAAUAGACAAGACAGAUUUAUGUGACGCUAACACAGGUUUUGAAUUUUUCGGAAAAGUGGUCCAUUAGAUGGAUCAAGAUCUGAACAAAAAAUUACCUACAGGUUAUAAAUUUGCUGAUAAUAACGACCGUUGGAGAGUAGACAUUACAGCUCAGGAUAAUGACACGACUUGCUUGUUACGUCAUUACAAUAUUGACAGCACAAACAGAAAAAGUGUCCUCCAUUUUGCUGUUAAUCUGAUGUUGGCCAAACGUAUGGGAUGGGUGGUAGAAAAAUCAGGCAAUGUGUUUGAGGUGGGGCCUAAUUUACUCAUGAAACUUCCCUAUGGAAAAACCUCUGUCAAAUCAGAUCAUGCGACCAGUCACAAUGCAGAAUUUACAUUUACCAAGCCAAUUCAUGUGGAAGAAGGAUUACUCUAUCUCUGCUCUACCUUUAGCUGGAGAUUUGUGAAUUUAAAUGAAGCUUUCGAAAAAGCAACCACCCAUGUCUUUGAGGCUGCUAAAACACAAACCAAUCUUUUCAAACCGUGGAUGACUAAUACUUCGCUUUAGCGAAUGAGUUCUGGUUUAGAGAUGGACGAUUCAAUGGUUGACCUCCCUGUGUCUCUUCAUUAUUGGAAUCCAAACACUCUAAUUGUGACGUUGUUAGAAGGGGUUAAGAUUGUGAUUGGUGGGUCAAAAGGUGUUUAUAAUGGAGAACUUGAAAUAAACAUGGCUGGAUUAACGAAAAGCAACACUUAUACCGUUGCUUUGGAAUGGUAUCAGAAAGAUUAAUGGUUGUUUAAUCAUUCUCAUUUUUUCUACAGAUGGGACUGGAUUGGAGAUAGAAAAUUUAACCGUCUCCAAACAUACUCAUGAGUACAGUAAGACCCAUUUAAUUUAUUAUCAUACGCUCACUAUUCAAUUUACCAAAUCUGUCACGGGAAAUGCCUAUCUCAAUGUCCAGUUUGAAAUUGGUUAUCCAUCACCUUCCACCUAUCCUGAUGAAUUGAAAGAUAAUACAUUUCUAGUUCUGUAUGGAGUAAAGGGUCAUGUUAAUCAAGAAGCUGAUGUGUAUGAUGAUCACUCCAUUAUUCAUUCAUCUCACACCACCACUACCACAGAGAGUACAGGGAUCAAAACUGCUUCCAAAACACCCAGAAAUCACGAAAAACUCGACCGCUUUUCAUGUACUGCAAUUUAACCAAAAGUGAGUAUGGAAACAAUGCUCUGAUGAAGGCUGUCGCUUACAAUAACGAAAAAACGCUCAUUGAAUGCAACCUACUGCAAUUUUAUUCACUGCGGGGUCAGCUUCUUGACAUUGGCGAAGUGACUUUAACAGAAUGGAAUAGGUCUAUGCUUCAGUUCAAUAAAGACAGUCCUGUAGUAGUUUACCCUGUUUUCUAAAAAGAAACUGGAUGGACAGGAAAGAAAAUACAUUAAAUUGGAAGAGUCAGUGGAGCAUGACACACCAAUUUAAGCGAACACAGCUGUUUAGUUGAUUUUAGUCAUGAGUGAAGUUGACUGGAUCAACAUUGCUGGUCGAUCUCUUCUCUAUUGCGCUGAUCUGUUACAAAUGAUCAAGAGUUUAAAAUAGCUAUUGGAAAACGUACAGGAGGAAUUGAAACGCGUCAAAGACCUUCUAAAAGAAAAACAAGACAGAGAAGGCUACGACACAGUGUAUUGACAUGGACAAGGUUCUAGACACGAUUGAAUUGUCCAAGUUUAAGACGUAUCAUGAAUUUAUGCGAGCACUCAUUUUGGAAGGGAUCUCUGGAUAUCAUUUCACCUUGGAUCAAUUGAAUCACCAAUUGUAUACUCUCAACAAAGAAAUUUAUGAAGAUUUAUGUCAAACCGCCACUGGAUAUUUUGAAAUGCAUGCACCAGCAAAAAUCAAGUCCUUUGAGAAUUAAACAUGCUCAGGCAAUGACUUCACGACUCUUUUGUUUGGUUUGGUAUUAAAAGCCACUGACAUGUUGUUCAACCAGCCAAAGCAAGAUGAUUCGUAUCGUUCCGCAGUUCACCAUUAUUUUUGGUGGUGCACUUGGUGUGGAUUUAGAAGCUGGAAAGUUAGCAAGAUAUUAUUGUUUACGUGUAGAAGUCCUUGUUCCACCAUGUCAUCCACGAAGCAAAACCGUUCCUCCAUUAACUUCAACUGAACUCGCUGAAGCAAUUCCCACAACCAAGCAAGUAGCUGCUCGCCUCAACAGACAAUAAGGCAGACAUAGUGUUGGCCUUUACAAACUUCCAGCCGGAAAAUAACUUAAUUGUGCUUUGAAGGAACUGGCUGGACCGUGGAAAUGGCUAAACUUCUCAAGAAAGUCCUUUAUGUGUAUGAUGUGGACAAAAAUAUUUGAUUUUGGUACAGACACGAUCAAGAUUUAUUCUACGCCUUUGAUCAAAUGUCAGAAGAGCAGUUUGCCUUACCUACUUUUGUACAACGAACUGCCAUUGUUGGUGUAAUGAACAUUUAUGAUUAUCCUGAUGCUUUAUUGGAACUCCAAGAGACAUUUAAACGGAGUUUAAAAAUAAGUUCAUAUUAUAAAAGCUCAUUCGAAACUCGAAAGCUGAGAGCGAAGGAUGAUGUCUUCUUCCAUACUUCCAAUCAAACUGAGUCAAAGUUGAGCCGUGAACUUUUUGAAAUGUCCGCUCCAGCCGUGUAAUGGUUCCCCUGCAAUGGUUUUUGGUUCCAUCUGCAUUCCAUUUGGUUCCAUCCUCUUCACACAUAUAGCAAUGGGUUGCUGCUUGAAACUCUGCUUCUUCACUGAUGUCUUCCGCGUAAUAGUGUAAGUGUGGAAUCAUGCCUUCGUAAUGCAAAAUUUCCAACUUGCAGAACUUCUCAAGCCCUGCAUAACCGCUUCUCUCACUGCAUCGCCCAAGACUUUUGUCCUUGACGGUAAAGUUCCUCAUUGAUAAAGUUACCAUCACACCCUUUGAGGUUGUGAUAGAGCACGAUUAAAUCUCGCUGUUUAUCGUCCACUUCUGUGAGAUUAUUCAUUAUUGUAAUAAAACAUUGAUUGUAUUAAAAUAAAACAUGUUUGAACUUUAUAAUUGUCUUGCUUUAGCGCGCAUACGUUUUAAAACCAUUAAUCAUACUGUUAUUUCACUUUACGGUUGAUUCCGCAACGUUUUAAAAACGUUUUGUUACUGCGCAUGCGUUCUGUACACUUUGCAUGCGUAAUGAGGAGACAAUAAUUCUGUCCCACAUUUGUCACUUACCUGCUUCGUUCACAUAUAUAAUUUCCCUUUCUAUAUCUCGGUAGUAACUUAUAAAAUGUCUCUCUUCUUACCUUAUGAUGUCAUACCUCAUUACCAAACAAUAACGGCGGUCGGCGGCACCCUUUAUGGCACUUGUUAGACUACCAAUACUACUCGUGUAAUCAAAAGCGAAGCAAGGAGAUAGUUUAAUGCACGUUUAUUUGAAAUAUUUCGGGAGUGGUAGUUUCUGUUGCUAAUGUUCCUUAUUUUAUCAACGCAGUCCGCGUUCAAGCACUAAAAAAAAAAGUAAUAAAAAUAACAUGUCUGUUGACUAGGUCAUUUUUUGGCGACCAUUUUCCUAACGUGUUACAUGAAAGUAGAUCGUGAUUAAAAUAAAGACUUAAAGAACUGCAUCGUCUUCUUCCUCUUAUUUUCAACCCUUCUCUCUUGAUUUCGGAUGAGAACUUAAUGCAAGUUUGAAGUGAACGACAACAAGAACACUCACAGUUACAGAACUAUACUAGUACGUGAAUUAUGUCUUCAGUAAUUAACAUAUGGAGCUCACAGUCGCAUAAAUAUACGUUACAGAAAUGAACCGUGCCACACUGAUUGAGACGAACGUUUUACAGCCUGUUGGCUUAGCAGUCCAUGGAAAUUAUGUGUACUGGAUAGAUCGUAAGCGCCGCAAUAUAAUGAAAAUCAGGGAGGAUGAAGAUUUUGGCAGAGAAGUGCAAGCAGCUACUGAUGAUUUAUCUGACAUGAUUGUCGUUGAUACACUGAAAACGUCAGGUGUGAUGGUUCUUUCAUUUUACGCUUCUUCUUGAUGGCCAUUUUUUUAUACUUCAAGUGGUUAUAAAUAAGGAUUUUAUUAUAGUAUUUGUUGGUCAGUAUGUAAGGUGGCUUUGAGGGCUUAUGCAGUGUACGGGACGACGGCAACGACAGCCAAAAGAAAGCUGAGGUUUAAUGAGCCAAACAAUCAUUUUGCUCUUGAGUCACUCCGUUUGGUACAUUUUUUGACCGCCCUCUGUACAAUUGGGGCGUUAGAUUACCUGGCAGGUAUGGGGGAAAUAAUGGUACGAUGCGAAUACGAGUUAUCGGGAGUUCGAAAUAAAUAACCAAUAAUAAGAAAAUGGGAUAGGGAAUAAAUGCAAGUAACAUGUACACUUCAAAACGUUUUAUGAUCGAUACACAGGACUCAAAACAACGGCCGGUCAACGGACUAUGACUGAUUGGGGAGUUGACCGGUCAACCUUUGUCUUGCCGUUCAUAUUGACCGGUUACAUUCGAUCGUAUUGAAAAUGAAAUAAAAUAAAUUUCCACGCUGUUCAGUUGUUAUCAGUUUGUAGCGAGUCGCUGUGUAUUGCGGAACUUUGAUCUUUAAUCCUGGGUGAAAUGCAACUAGAACCGUUGUUUGCAAUUCGUGCAUUGAAACAGACAUUAAGCAUUCAUGCUAAACAAAAUUAAACAUAUUUUCACUGUUAUUGGUUAAGCAACAACUUUUUCCAGGGCUUUGUAUAAGUCGCAGAAAAAAAGUCAAAUGUUCCGGGAUUUUCAGGCAGAUUUGCCGGCUGACUUCUAGAAAGCGAUCGAUUUUGCGCUGAUUUGACGAGUGUGUUUAAGAGAUAAUCAAUUGCUAUUUUAACAACAAGAGCCAAUGGCAAAGCUUUUAACAUCAUUACCAGUGCCCAGUUUUCCGCGACAUAAUUUAUGCCUGGAAGGCUUGAAACGUUGGUCGCUUAUUGUGGUGAUAACGUUUACGGAAUUAAACAGCCCCAAUAGCCAAGAUAAGUUUUUAAAUAUGUUGUAUCGACAUGUAUUUGAUAAGAUUUUUAGUAAAUUUUGCUGGAUUUCAUGGAUUUACCCGAAUUUCGCGCCUCCACGACCCACGCGAAAUAUCAAAAGCCCUGUUUUUUGGGCAUAUAUAACGCCAUUCUUGGUUCAUGGUCCCUUGUUUUAAGAGAUAUUUAUCUAAUAACUUUGACCGGCCAGAAAUGAUACGUGACCGAGCUAAAAUGAAUUUGGCCGGUCAUCAUGUCCGGAGACUCGCCGGAACUUUUUCGAGCCCCGAUACACAGUGCUGGACAUUAUUUAAACUGGACUGAAAACAAUAAAGACUACAUGGCUGUUAAAAUAGUUUCAGUGUUUCGGACUGCAGUACCCUUUUUUUUGACUUGUCAGGCGUUAAAACAUGGUUCAAGUUAUCGAUGGCAAAUUUAUAUGGAAAUCAUCGACCAUGAUUUGAAGGGAAACAAAAAUUACUUUGAAUUAGCUGAAGAUGUAAAUGUAUGAAUGAAAUCCAGGGGAAACCGAUUUUGGUUCGAGUUAGCCGCGAGGGUUCGAGUUAUCGGGAGUCGACUGGAUUUUUAGUCAAUUAUAAUGAGCCUAGCUACCUUACUGGUACUUAAUUUCGCGGGGUUUUAUUUUCGUGAUUUCAAGAGGCAAGUAUGAAGAAAUGCACUAAAUUUCUCGAUUUAGGCGUUCAAAACUUCAUUUAAUUUUUGUAAAAAAGUCUAAUUUUUUUUCGCAAAAAUUAGACUAGUCAUACUGGAACAAGCAAUGUGUGAAAUUUUUUCGAAUGAACGUUAAAUAAAUUCAAUAAUUACAACUAAAUGGAGCUUACUAGUAAAACCAGUUAAUUCGUAUUGUCGAUACAUAUCAUGUAUUUUUUGCUAUUACAAGUUGAAGGGUUUUUUUUCUGUGAGGUUUUAAUUUUCUACAUAGUAUUUAAUUUUGCGUGGCUUUGUGCUUAAAUUUCGCGAGGAUUUAUAGUCGGGGGUCUUAAAUUUCACGAUUUUUUUUUACAAUCACGAAAGACGGGAAAUUUAAGACCCACGAAAUUAAGUACCAAUAAGGGAUGUGGAAAUUUCGUAUAUUAGCUGGAACCAAGUUUUUGGUGGUCUUGAUGGAGGACAAGUGUAAUGGUUGUUCCGUUUGGAUUUUGUAGUUCACCACCCUUGUUUCAUGAAGCCUUGUUCUCAUAUCUGCUCUGUUGGUGUGCAUGGACAUGCUCAGUGUUCUUGUCCCAUGGAUAUGAUUCUUGCUGACAACAAUUCUACUUGCAGAGGUUAGUUGUCUUAUCACUACUAUGAGUGACAAUUUAAAAAGUGAAAUGAUUUACAAUAAAGAAAGGAGCACUAUUAAUUUUACUGUUUGUGACUAAUUGAGCAGCGUUUUAGCACCUGCCUUUUAAGACAGUGAAAAGUUGCUGCCAAAAUGUAUGAAAUUUAUAAGGAAAAUUAUUCUUUAACAGCUCCGAAGACGUGCAAACCAGAGCAAUUUACUUGCUCCAGUGGACAAUGCAUCCCUCAAGGCUGGAUCUGUGAUGACAGCGAGGACUGCAAUGAUGGUUCCGACGAACAAAACUGCAGUAAGUCCCUUUCCUAACAUUCUCUACACGGGAUGAUUUAUUUGUGGGAGUACCCUUGAUCUACUGUAUUUUGCGGACUCCUGCGCGAUCCGCGCUAUUUUCGUAGUAGUGGUGUUCGCUGUAUUGCAAUUUCGUCGUUACGAAUGUAUUGGAAGAAAUGUGGGAAUUUCUGACCCUUGUGUCCGCUUAGUUAAUAUGGUUUGGUUUAGAUGGUUCGUUAUUUUGUAACUCGCCUAAAAUGGCUCCGACGAAUUAUGUUGCGUAUGUUAUUCAUUCAACAUACUAUUAUCACGUCGACAGUAAAAAUAAAAUAAAUCAAUAACCAGAAGGUAGGGAGUACAGGCGAGAUACAUCGCUCUUGGUUCUACGCUGCUUUUCGUUACUUCACGCGAAAGAAAAUCAAAACGCGCGUGAUUGAAUUAUGAGUGACAGCUAGUCCAAACCCGCUUGAUUGGAUUGCGUUCUGUGCUUUCCAUUCGUCCUUAAUGAAAGUUCAAAGGAACGCUGGCUGCGUAUUUGCCGCGCAUGCGUAGUGGCAACUUGGAGAUAAGGAUUGCGGGCUCCUCUGGUCACCCGCAGUAAAAUUUUAUUUUUGUUAAGAUUCUCAGACCGGAAUGUUGACUAUCACUUUUGCAAUUUGACACCUAAACAGCAAAAUGCCCUAAAGGCGAAGUGAGAUGUGAUGGAGGAAAAUGCAUCAGUGUGACGAAACUUUGUGACGGUAACGCCGACUGCGAGGACGGCUCGGAUGAGAAGCCGUACAAUUGUCGUAAGUCUAACGCUUCAUAGUUCUUGUUCCUAUAACCUUUAGCAUCAGCGUGCAUAUUCUCUCACUGUUCUCAGUUCACUUCCCAAAAUUCUGAGUAAGGAGAAUUUGUUUAACAAUCAAAGCCUUUUGGUGACGUUUCCUGAAAUCCUAGAAGCGAGUGAUGUUUGAUAAGCAAUUAUCUUUCUUCAAAAUAACAACCGGAAGUAUAUAUCUCGCUCUUGCGGGCACGGUUGCGAUGGAGAUUUCCUACUUAGAUUUUUGUUCGGCGAUUUGCUGCUGGGUGUCUAAACGCUUUGCCCAAAACAAAAUCGCCGUCCGGUUAGCUCCGUAAUAAACCAAUUCCCCACGUACUCAUUGUUUUUUUUUUUUUCAUUCUUUGUAGGACUUGAAUGUGCUGAUGAUGAAUUCCGGUGCGCGACGGUUUGCAUUGCAAAGGAUUGGGUCUGCGAUAACCAUGAUGAUUGUGGUGACAAUGCUGAUGAGAUAGAUUGUGACGUCAUAACUGGUAUGUAUGUUCUCUGCUAAGUGCUUGCCAACAAAGUGUUUUCCUUGGUGAAGGAUAGAGAUACCCUUGGCACUCAAAAUAUUAAAUUCAAUUGUUUUUAAGCUUCGAUCACCUAAACCUUGGGACCGGUGCUACUGAAGUAUCUGUGUUAAGUUACGGACGGGCAGCUGCAACCUGUUUCGCAACAUACUUGAGUAACAUAAUUAAUAAUUAAUGAAUGAGGCUGAGUAUCUUAUGAAGAAUUAAGGAGAUCUAGGAGGGUGCUUUCCGUCGAGGCCGCAGACCGAGGGGGAUAACACCCUCCGAGACGUUCAUAAUUCUUCAUAUAAUACGAAGGGCGAAUUCAAUAAUUUUUUUAUUAUUCAUUCAAAUAAUUCCUGGUUUAAAAUCAUAGCUAAAACAUGCUUACCUCCAUCGAUGGUUAAGUUCAUCUUCGAUAGCGCACGUUUAGGGUUCUUCAAGUCCGCAAAUAAUCUCCAAAUAGCAAAUGUCGCCCUUCGAGUUGUCUUCUUGCUGUUCUUGCCAUGUUUUUUAGCCAUUAUUUCGCCUUGUUCUCACUCUUGAAACGAGUGAAAGGAACGGCAUUUUUGUUUUCACAACCAAAACAACUCAACCUCUUCCCCAGGUCUUCUCAGUUAACGUGACAUUAACCUGCAAGGUAGCUGCACUUUUGACGUCGUCGGUUGAUUAAUCGCAAAAUUCUUCAAAAUUUAGUCAUCAGUAGCUGGUUAUGGUGAAUUAUGCGUGUGCUUUUAGCCAAUCAGAAUCGGGGAAAUAUUUUGAAUGAAUAAUAAAUGGAGUUAACCAGUUCGGGAGUAUGCCAGUUUUGGAAGAAGCGAUGACGUCAUGAUUCUAUUGUUCUGCUAAAAAUACGCAAAAAUGGGAAAAAAUAAUGGCCAAAAACAAGGGAACUUUUUUCAAAGCCUGUUCCAGGUCCACUCGUUCAAUAUCCGGGACUUCCGAGCUAGCAGUGCUGAUGAAGAAGCCUUUUCCUUGCUUUUUGAAUGUCAAGGGCAGUUUCGUGCCACAUUACGGUAGCUAAAAUCGACAGUUAUCAAACAGCGUUCGAAGACGUCGCUGCCAUCUUGACGGGCAUCGAAUGUAAGUACAUGUCUUUAUGUUUAGUUUUCAGUAUCUUGCCGAAUUUUUACGAAAUCAAGACUAAUUUUCCUCAAAACUACAACGUUUAAGGUGUGUUCAGGCAAAGUUUCAUCGAUGGUAACAACCUAGUAAAAAUGGUAACCACACAUUGAAAAUUGCCAACAGACAGGAAGGGUUACUAUAUUGAUGGUUAUGCCUUGUCUGUCUAUAUAUUUUUAGUUAUAAGCGAUCAAGUCUGUUUUUGGUUGUGUUCACCGGCAAUGUAUGCGACUCUGAUCUAGGAAUCACUUUAUUGAUCCAGAUCAUGUGUGUGGAAUGAGUUUUAAAUCAGUGUGAGUAGGUUCUAAUAUUGAUUUCUUAUAUUUUGAUCAGGAUGUCGCUCCAAAAUGUAGACAAACAUCUGGACAUAUUACAAAAAUGUUGUCGCGUUUGUGCCAAAAAGCUGGGAAAAGGAACGAGGAAGACAAAUGUUAAAUAUCUUCAGAACGACAUAUUUGUGCUCUGAGGCCAAAAUGUUGCUUUAGAUUCGCCUCAUGUUACUCUGUAAUAAAAAAUUUAAUGUCCAAAUUCAACCCUACCUCAGUAAAAUCAAACAUGUGUUUUUGUUUCUUUGUAGUGUGGUCACAGGCUUACCUACCACCACAAAAGCCCCUCCUCCCUCUCAAAAAUGGGUAAGAGGGAAACAGGUUGGAGGGCGGGCUUAUAUACCUUGUGAGUGGAAGCUCACACUCAAUGACCAUUCAACCAUAGAAGAGACUGUGGCCCUUAUUCAAGGGGCUUUAAAGGAGAUGGAUGAGGAAGGAGUCAUGGAAGUGGAGGCUUGUGAAGAUUUUCUCCACAUAAUGUUCAAUCCCUUGCGUCAAAUAUUUUUUGUACUUUACAAAUGCCAAAUACAUAAUAUGUUCAGUCCCUGUGCUGUGCAAAGGUCAAUCUGAAACAGGAAAAAUGCCACACUCUCCCCCAUCAAUACCUUUGCAUGAGCAAUAAGCCCACAUUUUAUGUCGUAAUAUUGAAUAUGUUUGUAUUGGAAUAAAUCCUAAAUUAUUGAGAUUCUCUCGAUGAAAAAGCAUCUAUAUUAAUGUAUCGUCUUCAACAAAUCAUCCUCCCUGAUAAAUAAUACAUGAGAGACAUCUCACAAGAUAACAAUUGAAAACCUAUGUCAGCUGCUACUGUCUUCAUUAUAUCAAUUAAGCUUUGGUUUUUGGUUUUCAUGUCCAAGAAGGUGUUAAAAAAACAAGAUUUUGAGAUAUAAGACUGUGUAUAAUAUGCGAGCCAGCGAGCCAUGGCAGCGAGUCAUGCAGGUCAGAUACAACUCAUUGAAAACAAUACAUAAAAUCUAAAACGGUAAUACCGAAAGAAUUAGCUGAAAGCUAACCAUGGUAAAUAAGACUAGUGUUUAACCCUAAACAGCACUUAAUCAUAACCCUAACCCCAACCUAAACCCUAAUCAGUAAAAAGAAUGCCCAACCGUAAUCUGUAAAAUUUGCAGUUUUUACUUGUUUUUACUUUAUUUUUGCUGAUGGUCUGCGAACUUGCAUAGCUCCCUUGCUCAUAGUUUAUGUCAGGACCAGAAAUAAAAUGUUUCUUUACAAAAACAAAUUAUAACAUAGCUAGAAAAUUCGCCUAAUCAAAUUCAAUAGCGCGAGCGUGCUUCAUAUUCCUAUUGAGCACGCUGAUGACGUCAAUAAACUAUUCGUAAUUCCUCGAGUUGUUGUGAGCUUAGCAAUCCUGAAUCUCCUGAGUGCAUCCAUAACUCAGCAAUGGACAAUGACGCGUUUACCAUGUGUUUUAUAAGGAAAUUUGAGAGGAAACGUUUGAAUUUGUUAACCGAUAGUAGUGAAAAGAGGUGAGUGUUGUUGUUGUUGUGAUCUCCGCGAGCUGUGCGGGCUAUGGCGUGAGAUCAUUCUUUUCAAAGUUGUUUUCUCUCAAUGGCAAUUUUUCGGUAAAUUAAUAGUUUUCCGGCACCUAAAUAUGGAUUUUACAAUCAUUUUAGAGUACACUUUCUCUCAGUUUCAGGAUAAAAACACAAGAUUAACUGUGAGGAAAAAAUAUAUAUAGUCACGUAAACAUUGACGCGUACUGCUUUGAGCGCGCCCAACAAUAAUAAAAUUUUAAGUUAACUGUUGCAUUGACCGCUUUGAUAAUGUUAUAAAACAAUUAGUUCAUGCUGCAGCUGUGCGUAUGUCGAGAUAUUGAGCACUUGGGAAGUUUGGAGAGCACUCAAGAGGCUAGAGUUGCACUCGGCUGCGCCUCGUGCAACUCUUACGCCUCUUUCGUGCUCUCCAAACUUCCCGCGUGCUCAAUAUCUCGACAUACGCACGCUGACGCAUGAACUAAUUGUUAAAUGUACUGAACAAUAAGAUUAAUAACUUUUAUAAUUGUAUCUUUACUCUGAUGUGUGAGCUUCGUUUUCUUGGAAGUGCUGUUCAAUAGAAACAUGGAGAACUAUGAAAAAGAACUUUGGAAAACUUAUGUUAUGUCCAUGCCAAGUGCAGCAAUCAUUAUUAUUUUGGGCCAAACCUUGUCUAAUAGAAUUGUUUGAGGGUCCCCACAGAGAAGACUUGGAGGAACGUGCUCCUCAAAGUUACAAUGCCUUUGGUUUGAAGGCAACCCCAGAGUUAAAAACAAUAUUUAGUAUUAGUAUUUUCACACUCAGUGAUCUUGGUAAUUCAAGCAAUCUGAUUGGUUAGCUCUCUCGGACUAUGACGUUAUAUUCACCGCGCUAGGCGGUGAAUCAGGCGGUGUGCGUCACGACCCACAAAGGUUCAUGGGUAAAACUGUUACUGAGCCUCAUUUCAAUCGUGACACGGUCGAGUUCGCAUCUCGUAAGAGAAAUGAAUCAAACCCAGGGAUCAAAACACUGCUGCCUUUUCCGAAAAACAUUACGGAAGAGAGAGAUUUCGAGAAAUUUCAAGAUCUCAUAGUGGCCUUAGAUGCUUGCUAUUGGCUUCACAAGACAAUUUCAAGAAGUUUAUCGCGAUUCGGAGACGAUCGUGCAAUCUAGCCGACUUUGAGCGGCGACUAAUUUCCUGCUUCUCAUACGAUUUUAUGUACUGUUUGGUUUAUAUGUAUGUUUUUAUCUCACAGUUAAAGAGAUAUGUAGUUCAUACCUGGAUUUGCUUAACUAAAAAAAAAAUUCAUUCAUUAGAAGUGUUUAUAUAUUUGAUGGACUUUCUUACCCGCAAAGCAGGGGGAGCGCGUGCAAACAGCAAGGUGAGAAAUCGUCUCUCAUAACAAUGUUAUUUUCAUCGACAAGUUUAUAUUAUUUUGAAAACAGUGCCCGCUUGAAAUCCUUAUGAGCAAAUAAAUCUUCAAUUAGGCAAGGGGAAAACGGACCGAAAGAGCCGAACAGCUGCAGCACAAUCGGAAUUUCACCGAAGCUACAGCCGCAGAAAUAAACAGUGAAAUAAACCACGAUCUUGUCUGUGCGGUCAUUGAAGUGAGCGCAGUAUAUCGAUUUUGUUAUAAAGUAAACCCUACCCUCACAGUUUUAAAAUCCUGUAUGUUGUCUGGAUCUUCGAUAAUGGUGUUGUGUUUUGGUAGAGAUUUAUAACAAUUUAUUCCCUCACGUAUUAAAGUUUACACAAAGAUAGCACACACCGCAUGCAAAUUAUUUUAAAGUCACGCUUUCAGUUUCCGCACUGGGUUAUGAAAAAUGUCUUGUUUCCAAAGGUUAUUACAAUAUUCAAACUUAUUUACCUUUUGUGGUUUAAAAUAGAACAAAGUCUUCCUGGAUUUGGCGUUACUCGCUUCACGUCGGCUUCCGCUUCGGCAUGUUUUCUCAGCCCGUUUCCCGGGAGUUGUGCCACUUGGCUGAGACGAUGUCUUAAUUCCAAGACACUUUCAACGGCUCAUAACUGGAAAACUAACAGGGGUAGACCCGGGUAGACCCCGAAAAUUGCAAAGAAGAAGGGUUGAAGUAACAAGAUGGCAAAAAUAAUUCGAUAAAACCGCUAACAGUAACCAGCAAUAAAUCCAAGAAGAACGGCAAAAACAACAUUCAAAUCCUCAUGGCGGCCCGCACAUGACCGAGCAAUUCAAACUCGUCACAAACGCUCAAGAAAGCAAAAUAUUUAAAAGUAACGCAACUGCUAUCAAGAUAAAGUGUUCCAACAACUUUCCAAGGCGGUAUAGUGUCGAAAUUACCAACACAAGCUUGGAAUAAAGCGAAAAUUUCACCACGUAUACCUCUGCAAACAGCUCUUUCCGAGGGCGAAAAUCACUCUACAAAUGACGCAUUCUGAUUGGUCGAAUCUCGUGACGCACACCGCCUGGCGGUGAAUAUAAAGCCGAACAAAAUCGCUGUCGUGAACUGGGUGUUUUGCCAAAGUUUCAAAGUAAAACCUUUUUGAAAAUACACGAAUAUCCAAGUGCUGAUGACUUUGAAGGCAAGAAAAGACUUCAUGGUGUUUAAACAGCGUGAUUUAUUGUGAAGUGGUUUACAUUAGCUGACUUUUUGUACGCUGGAAGCUGUGUUUACCACUACAGAGUAAAACGAGGUCGCUUUGUCACUGUUUUGUGAUUUCGGGAUUUUCUCGCAAGACCAAUUUUGCCUAUAAAUAGAAGUUAAUUUAUGGAGAAGAGAGGAAGGCAAAUAUUUUCGAAAAUUGUACGUGCCAGCAACUUAACAAGGCAAAGAACUUUGGAGAUAAACAACGCUAACCUUGAUCGCACCCGCUGUUGACAGCAUUUGCAAGAAGCGAUGAAGAAAACUUUCUCAUUCACGGUGAGUUGACAGAAGCAAAUAAAGCUCUAGAUUCUUUUCUUCUCAGAAUUGGGUAGUAAUUUAAAUUUUCGGCGUUUUCUUUUAAACCGUUGAUGCUAAAGCUUACAAAACUCGAUACAAAAGGAUUAAAACUAUCAUUUGCCAUGAUUGAAGAUACUGUAAAGAUCUAACUUUAGCGCAUCCACUGUUUACGACUUCGUGUUCACGCAUGAAUUUUCACCCGUCAAUCAAACUAAUCGUUUUUUAAUGGUUUCCUUUCUGAUUCUGUUGAGAUCACUUCGUGUGAAUAUACUAAAACAAUUAUUCGGAUAUACAUCAAAUCCCAUAUAAGAGGAUAUUUUAUAACAACCCAUAACCCUGUUGAUCUCUGACCUCUGGUCAAAUCCGGUGGACUACAAGACUAUAGUAUUCCAUUUUAGUCAAUAUAUCCAAAAACAUGUAACAGGCAUUCUUAGUUUUCCAAUAUGUAUAUUAAAUUCUAAAGAGUCUCUUGCAUUUGUUAAGCUUGACCAAAUAAUCAGUGAAUUUCAGACAGUGGAAUAAUUGAAAGCAGUAGGUUUUUGUGAAGCGGGACAAAGAAAAAAUGAUCAGGGAUGAUAAGCACUUUGUGGGUUUUCAAGAAGAAAACGCGAACACAAUACCCUCAGAAAUCCCUUGUAAACAUGUUGUAUACCUGGACGGAACCCCUUCAGGACAUACACCAACAGAACAUCAUAUUCGAAAAAAACAGAUAUUUUACUCACAAAUGACUCGCUUGCACCAAAACAAUAACCUGAAUUACAGCCGUCUUCUCCGGCCAGUCGCUCACUCCCCGAGAGAGAAACAGAAGCAACGGGAAAAAUUACAGUAAAACUUACUCUUUGCAAACAUAAGGAAAUAAGUUAUAGAACAACUCACUUUUUUAGUUGCUUCCAAAGCAUUCUUUUUUCUUAUAAUAUAAAAAAUUAAUGAAAGAAAUAGGCACAAACUUGUUAGCGUGCUUACCCAUUUACAUACGCAGUGAGUACGAAGUGCCUACAAAGCGCGCAAUAAGCGAAGAACUAUAGCGCGAGAAUGGUUACUCCUUGUCCUCAAGGUACUUCCCAAUUCAUAGUAAGGAGAAGAGAAAUAAAAGGCUCGAUGAAACAAGAAUAAACGAGAAUUUCUGUUAAUACUCUUUCCUCUCCCUUGUCCGCCAUUUUGUAUGUUUUGAAAAUGACCAUCGCCAUGGUGAUCAUGUUAUGGAUGGUGACGUAGACCAUUGUUUUCGUUUCUUCCAAAACUGGCAUACUCCCGAACUGUUAACGGACCCUGUCAGAUUAUGUCUCGAUGCGUCAUACUUUGUACCUUUCUACGGUAGCAAUCUCACAGUGAACUUACGCAGUAGGACGGCUGAGGAAAGAAGACAGCAAACCUUGUGUGACAGGCGUGACAAUAAUUAUGGUUUGAAAAAAAACUUUGAUCUACAAAACCUACCAAAACUUCACCUUUCUUUAAACAGAAAAAGAUGACAGUAAUGUUAAGUGAAGAUCACUACAAAACACACAACUAACAGCUCUGUUACGUUUGUCACGCCUAAACGUUUACGUCUUCUUCUUUCUGCCGUCAUGUUGCGUAAGCUCACUAUUUUAGGAAAACAAAAGAAAAACAGUUCGAGAAAUACGACUACAAUACGUGCAUCGCGGCCAUACUUUUUUGACAGCUAUUCAUUCACAGUUGCGUUAUUUUUGUUAUUUUUUUCAUUAGUAGGCGGGAUGUCGAAAACAAUGGCUUCCUUGCAGGCGUUCCCCUCCUCCCUCCUCUCUCGCACGUGGUCUUGCGCCCUAAUUCCCUUCCCCUUCCUUUCGAACGCCUGCCACGCAGGCUUAUUUAAUCUAGACGUAGUUCUUUUUUUAAUUCGACUCCCUGAAAUAAUAAGAACACUGAUUUUGUUGUUUAUUUUGCUCCAUAUUUAUGGCGUUGCUACAGCGACAGAGAGUUAUUUUCUGCCACGUUCGCAGCAAUUUCUUUCCUUAGUAUGAACGUUAACUGCGCUUAAGCUAAAAAAAACACAUAGUAAUCAAUAACAAUCGAUAAAAAACAUUAUCGACUUCUAUCGGAAAUCGAUAUUAAUCGAAGUCACAACUUUCUUCUUUUUUUGUAUCCAUUGAUAUCGGAAAUCAUUAUUCAUCGAUAUUUGAAAUCAAUGACUAUCGAUUAUUAUCGAUUAUAGGUUUAAAGAUUAACUACGUGUGGCAUAUUUUAAUGUGUAAUACUAUGCGGUCACAUCGCACAGUCCUGGCUCGAUUUUUUUAAAUGAUUUUUAAUCUUUAUUUUUCUAGUAAUGUUCCCACAACAAGCUUGUAAAAACAGAUGAAAAAAUCUCACUUUGCAAUAUUAUCCCUCAACAGCAAAAUGCCCUAAAGGCGAGCUGAGAUGUGAUGGAGAAAAAUGCAUCAGUGUGACGAAGCUUUGCGACGGUAACGCCGACUGCGAGGACGGCUCGGAUGAGGAGCCGAACAAUUGUCGUAAGUCUAACGCUUCAUAGUUCUUGUUCCUAUAACCUUUAGCAUCAGCGUGCAUAUUCUCUCACUGUUCUCAGUACACUUCCAAACUUUCUGAGUUAGAAGAAUUUAUUUAACAAUCAAAGCCUUUUGGUGACGUUUCCUGAAAUCCGAGAAGCGUGUGAUGUUUGAUAAGCAAUUAUCUUUAGUCAAAAUAACAACCGAAAGUAGAUAUCUCGCUCGUGCGGGCACGGUUGCGAUGGAGAUUUCCUCCUUAGAUUUUUGUUCGGCGAUUUGCUGCUGGGUGUGCAAACGCUUUGCCCAAAACAAAUUCGCCGUCUGGUUAGCUCAGUUGGGAGAGCGCUGGUCUGCCAUAUGGGAGGACUUGGGUGCAAACCCCGCCCGGAUUAAUAUAACAGUCAGGGUCUUCACCUAAUUUGAAGAUCUUGUCCCAAACCAGAUGGCCGCUCCAUUAAGCGGUGACCUUAAGCUGUAGGCCUGGUCUCCUUCAUCCUUCCUUAUCAACUUCCUCAUCAACGAAACGUUGCGACGGCGAAGCCGAUUGCGUGAACGGUUCGGAUGAGGCGGAGAAUAAUUGCCUUGUGCCCUUAGCCCUGACAUCAGCAUGCAUAUUCUACUCACUGUUCUCAACCCACUUCUUAUUAUUGUGACGAAAGGGAAUUUCUUCAACAAUCAAGGCCGUUUUUAUGGCCUUUCCUUUAUUCUAGCGCUCUGACUGUGUGAUGUUUCAAAAGCAGUAAUCAAAUAUAAUAGACUGUGACGUCAGUGAAGCCAAGCAUGUUCCUUUUUUAGUGCUUGCUAACAAGCUGUUUGUUGUCUUGUAGCAUGGAGAUGCCAUUAGCUCCUCAAAAAAGAAAAAAAAUUCCAGUUUUUAAAGCUACAGUCAACUCUUUCUGGCGAUGCAUUGCAUAGCAUAGUUCUGGCUCGAUAAGAGUGAUUGUCGUGAAGCUGUAUUGAAAGAGUAAAUUUAAUGUUAUACUUUAUCGGCCCACACCAUUUGCAGUUUUGGUGGACAUCUCAUGAACAUACCUUUAAUACUAGCUACUUUCUUUUUAUAUCAUUUGUGACAACACUGUUGAGGGCUUGAUUUUAAAGGGUUCCUCGUAGAUCUGGUAUCUCUGGACGAUUGGACUGUAAUGUGGGACGCCCUUGUAGUAAUCCCAUAGAUUCUCUAUUUUUUUUGCCACGCCUUCUUUUUUGUGUCACAUUUAAUGAAAGGAGGCAAGCAAUUGUGCUUAAAGUAGUACUCUAAAAACAUUAAUUACCAAUUACAUGAUACAAAAAGCCACAUUUCCUAUCAGACAGGUGCAGCGUCCUUUCACAAGUAGAUUUUUCUGAAACAUCAUCACCAUUGGACGCGUCAUCGCGUAGCUAGAAUUCCCUGCCCAGUGAGGUCACCAAAAAAUUUCCUUCAGCUUAGACUUGGUUAGCGUCCACUUUGCACCGUUUAGCUCUUUGUAUCUUGAACUCGUGUCAGUUUCUGUUUCGCUGUCUUGUUUGUUCGUGUUUGUGUUGUUGUAGUAGGUGAGUCAGAUAUACAUAUGUUACAGUCGAUAGACCACCCUUGGAUCAAUCAUCUAAAAACAGCUUUUCACGAUUUGAAUGGCCUCUUGUGUGUUCAACGGGGUCUUUUAUUAUUCUAAGCCAUUUCUGAAUAAGGCUGAGAUCUUUGCAGCUGUGGUUGAACCAUACAUAGUUGUGCUUUAUUCUUGAUAAAAUGUAUUUACUUUUUACCAAUCACUUAACCAUGUUAGAAGCUUUGUGAAUCUAACUUCCUUUAAAACAAAAUAUGGCUGAAUUUUCUACAUUUCAGACAAUGGGACAUCAAGCUCGUUCAAUGUUGGUUUAGCUGGUGGAUUGAUUCUUGUUACCCUCUCACUGGUUACCUGCGCGGUCAUAGGAAAGCUGUGGUAUAAAACGUCAAGACGUUCUAAAAAGGUAAACGUUUACGCCUUUCACACCGGCCUCUGUAACAAAAACAACAGGAAGCAUGAAAUACUACCACAUUUUAAACUUAUUUUUACGUGGAUGACAAGAAUAGUAUAAUAGCCGAAAACCGAGUGUAGCUAAAUGUCGUGGGUCGUGGGUAGAGGUCGUGGGUCGUGGGUGUGGGUGUGGGCAAUUGUCGUGGGUAAAAAAAAAGUCUUCAAAAAAAAAUUAAAAAAUUAAAUAGCAAAAAGUUGUAAAAUUCAUGAAACGAAAAUCUAUUCCCUAUUCCCUAUUCCUAUUCCCCUUCCCCGCGGUCAGCAAAGCAAAUAACCGAAUCCUCUAGCACAAACGGACACUAAAAAGACAUUUAGGUGAAAAAUAAAAGAAACUCUGUGCACUAUGUAAACCUGAAGCAGGCCGUAUAGAAAAACAGGAGACUGAACUGCUUUUUCUCAAAGAUGUCAACAUUUGUGACUGAAACGUCCAUUCAGUUUAAGGAGUGACAAUUCGAAUCGUUACAGCAAAGAUUUUGUACACAAAACAAAACAAAAAGUAAACAAGAAAAUUGUAUUUCCGUAGGGCAAUAAAAUUUACAUACAGUCUCGCCUUAACUUGAAAGGUUGGGAAUGAAGGUGGUUCCUUCGUAAGGUAAGAGACCUAAAACGUCUAUCCAAAAAUAUGAAAUACCUAAAAAUUGUCCUUUUUCCCCUCCCUUUCUCACGGUGAUCGCAUUCCAUCGUGAUAAAAAAUCUCCACUGACAGGAGCCCACUGCCACUGAUCAUUGGAAUUGUACUACCGAAUAAAGAUAAAUAACGAGCAGCUAUUUCCAUUCAGCGAGUCAGAGCUGUCCCAUACUUUCUGCAAACUGCAGGUACAAUUUACGUCUGUUUCGUUUAUUUCGCGGCGAUAGCUCAGGUAUGGAUAAAUCUUCUUCGGCAACAUGUCUUUUAUACAGUAAUGUUGUGAAUGGGAAGCCAAGUCCCACGGGAAGAGGACGAAGAAGAAGGCAAUCAAGGAGUUGGAGAUUUUCGUUUCACAAAUAUUUUACAACUUUUUUUUACUUAUUCCUUUUUUUCAAUUACUUUACUUUGUCACUUUUUUCUAUACUUUUUUUACCCACGACAUUUCGCUACACUCCAGAAAACCCAGUCGGAAUAACUUAAAGAGACAAACAGGCUGUGUGGUUUCAUUCAUGGCGGCUGGAGAAAAGAAAUUAAUCAAAGUGUGUAUUAGGUACUGAACACGGAAAUUAAAGUUGUUGAUGACAGAGUGACAGUGUAUACUACCGUGAAUAAUUCAUCGAGAAGCGAGCGGAAGUGAGCUAGGUUAAUAAAUCUGUCGGAAUUUGCUUCACCCGUGGCUCUCACGAAAUACAGUAGCCAAGCGAAGUGUCAUCUUGCUUUGGUCAUAAAUCUUUCUAUCGGUUUGGUAUCCAGAGUUGCCUAGCAACGAUGUCGCGACUAAGCUCCAAUUAACGUCAUUCAGUCUGACGUCUCGUCUCUGUAGGUGCAUUUUUCGGUUUCCAGGCAACACUUCCAUGGAGCCGGUUGACGUCAAGGAGCAUAGACCAAUUCGGCUAGCCUGCGAAGCAAGCGUUUCUGUGCGGUUUAGGAGCAAAGAACGAGGAAAGUCAAAGACCGCGGGAAAAAUGGCGUAAGUAAAAGAGCGGGGAGGGGGGAAGAAAGGAAGGAAACGCUUGCAGACAAACCCCUCGAUUUUGAAAACCACCCACAUGGCCUGUCGUGUCAAUAUUGUUCGAAUAGCCAAGCCAAUCAGGCGCUGCGUUCGCUGGCGAACGCAGGUUUUCAAAAUCGAGGGGUUUGUCUGCAAGCGUUUCCUUCCUUCCUUCCCCUCCCCCUUCCCCCUCUUUCAUUUUUUGGCUAUCGUUUCAUUUCUCGCACGGUCAAAACCGAAAAUCUUGUUCCUCGGUCUUGUUUUGCUCCGAAACUAAACGGAAACGCUUGCUACGCAGGCUACAAUUCGGCUAACUCAAUGUUGUACCCAAUUCAUACCCUUUGGGAAUAAAACUUUUUGUCUCAGGAAUUUCCAUAUCAUUUAAAUGUGAAUGCCACCUGAUAAUGCAAAUACAGUGCACAAAGAAUCUUAACCCCGAGAGAUCUGAAUUGGGUACAACAUUUCGUUAGCCGAAUUGGUCUAUUGGCGGGGGCACCCAACGACGGUUUCCUCCAUGCAUUGAAAACACUUUUUAGGCUAUCCAGAGUACUUUUAGAUCUCUAGAAAUACAUUCUAAGCGGCGCUAUAAGAUUUGUAUCUGUUCGGUCGUCCUAGGGCAACUUGAGUCUUUUGGAAAUUACAAGGGCCUCCGUAUUAUUUUCCCGAAAAUUUUAGAUGUAAUUUUAAGUUUUACGAAAGUGAGAAUUUUUCUGAUUCCUCCCUCCAUCGCCUGUUUGAAUACGAAAAUUUUAGGUUUCCUUUUUCUACCAGAAAAAAGGCUAACUUGGGUACUGAAAUGCGAAAAAUUAUCAUUUAGAAAAUCCUAGGGAAUUUAUUAGACAUGUUACGAAAAUUGUACAUGAAUGGAACUGUAAUCUAGAACUUUUUAGCCUUCCCCAAGCUGUAGUCAGAAAAAUUCCCAUUAGCGAAAAUUUCACACAACAGAUUUCAAACCCAACGACCCUUUUCUGAGGGUACCAGGCUGACUGGUUACGCGUACGCGUGCGCUAUGAGCGCGCGCAUCGGACAGUGAUCAUGCUGACUAAACAGGUGGUGACUCAUGACUCCGAGGACUGACCGACUGUGUGAAUAGCGCCUGUCAGUCCUGUGUAUCGGUCGAUGGACACUCAAUAAGUGCCGUGCGAAUUGAGAUCGGCAGGGUACAAGACGUCUGAAACUGGAAUUAAAAUCACUUAAAUGCCUUUUCUUUUCUUAUUUUUGGUCUUCUUAUUUUUUUAUUAUAGUUAUUCUUAUUAUUUCUAUACAUUCUACGUCGCCCUAGAAAAUUCGAAGACAUUCCCACAAUAGAUAAAGUUUUCGGAGAAAAUUUGAAAGGACCCCUAAAAAUUUCGGCGAAGGGAAAAGCUCAUCCGGUAACCUUACGUUUUUGGAAAGCUUUCACUGUAGGCUGUUAUUUUCGGGAAAGGCGAUAAAUACCCCUAAAAAAUUCGAGAGGUUCAAAGCAGUCCUAGGAUGACCGAACAGAUCAAAUUUUUUUAGCGACGCGAAUUACUCAUUUAUAUUGCUUUUAAAGCACUCCAGGAUGCAUAACGAGGCAUUUCACAUCAUUUCCCAGAAAACGGUCGUUGGGUGCCCCUGAUUAAUUUCGACCGCAAAAGCAUUUUACAGAUAACAUUGGAGCAACUUGGACCAUUACGGCUUUAUAGGUCGCGGGAUAUGUUUGUUUUUCGGAAGUGUGUUUCAGUUUGGCUUUUUACCGUCAAAACCUUGCUUUUCCCUGACAUCAUGAUCUGUAGCUUUGUAAUCCAUGUUACACCGAGGGAAACCCACAAUGAAUUGGUUCUUUCCCCGCCGAUUGAUGUUACCGUUGGAUCAAAUCAACGACGCUGAAUCAAAAACUGGCCGGUUUCAGCUCUCCUCCGUACCGCAUUGAUCGGCCGUUAAGCCCGAGGUCGAAUUAACACCGAAUUAAUGCAAAAUGGGCUUGAAAUACUCGUUUCAGCUAAUUUUUCUCAAAUCUAUCUUUGAAUUCACGAUAAAUACAGCUCCACAAGCUUCGAACGGUGUGUAUGGCAGAGAAAACUACUUGAAGUGUAAUAAUCGUACUACGUCAACAUUUAUUCAGUGCCAGCGUGGCCCAGUGGUCUGGGGGAUGCACUCUCGCGCAGGAGGCCGGUUAUUGUGUAGCUUCAAUUAAAUCUCCGCAUGGAUAUUUUUGUUUUCUUUGUACAUUUUUUAAAAUCACAUAUUUAUCUGGGCGACCUGUGGUGAGCCCAGUUUAAGAAAUGGGUUUCAUUUUUUUCUCGGGAGGGCGGCGGGGGGUAUUUCCUGGGAAGUCGUAGCGGGGUGAACCGUCCGCCUCAUCUAAUCUUUACACUAUUUCAGAGCAAUAUCUAUAAGGUUAAUGUGAGAGAGUUACUCUCCCGGGAAAAAACGGGGAGCCUGUUGAAGACAUCCUGUCCCCCUCAACUGAAAUCCCCAAUUUAGGGCGGCAUUACUCCAUACCAUACCGAUGCUAACCUUUAUCUGAAUAAAUAAUGAGGCAUCAACUUUACAAAAAUAUAGCUGAUUUGUUGGUAUACCACUUAACUUUUUCUAAGAUGUAACGUAAAUGGUCGAGAGAGGGUCUAAUUUUGUUUAAUUUUCGCCAUAUGUUUGAACUUGAAAUCAGAUUUAAUUGGCGACUUGGAAGAUUGUGUGAUAAUUGGUCAUGCUGUUUGGGAGCAGAGAUAUUUGAUGUCUGGGCCUUGCAUGAAUUUAUACUUCGAAAGUAAAUGAUUAAUUUUCGUUUGUUUGCUUGUUAUUAAUAGCAACACGUCAUUGAACCCCCAAGUGGUAUGACUGCAAGAAAUUCUAUGGGGGAAGAGAAUGAUGCUAUGUUUACACCUGAUCACGAAGACAACAGUAACGGUAUUAUAGAUUCUCUUCAAGAGGAAGGAAGAGUACAGCUCCUUGGCGACACAACCGAGAUAUCCUCUGUAUCAAGGCCGUCUGCCGGUACUUAAAGAACGUUUGAUCCUUAAAACCAACUUUUGACAACAGCGUUUAACAAAAAAAUGUCAUUACUACUCAUGCAUGGUGGCAGCAAUGGGGAAAUUUAAAAGAAACAUCGUAUUUUUAAUUCAUAUAUUGCGUGGCUCAGGCUUGUUUGAAUUUAAGUGGUAUAAUGCCCACAAAUUGCUCUGCUUUAGAGUUGCCCUGCCGCCUGCAUUUUUUUUUUUUCAGAGCAAAAUUAUUCCGGAAAAAAUUAUGUUUUAAGGGAAAGUACAAAAUCUCCCUAAGAGAGUAGCAAUAGAAUCGAAGUCAAUUCCGUUAAUUUGGAAAGAUAUUUGAUUUAUACAACGAUCGUUGCUAUAAGAGUAACAAGCAAAUAAAGUGGACUUUAAAGUCGUUUCUUUUUCGAUGUCGAUAACCAAUUCCGUGCACGUGUAGACUGGAAAAUAAGAAACUAUUUUGAUCCAGUUGGUUGAAUUACAAAACCUUCCUCACCAUUUACCAGCUUCUCUCAGCUUUUCGUCGUAGAUAUUUCAGAUUUUUAAGCUCAAAACGCUCCAAAAUACGACCGCACACCACAUCAAACAACAUCUUGGUCUCUGCCGUUGUGAAAUCUGUUCCAGGAAAAAUAAUUUAUGCUGCCUACUUGAUUUCGGCAGGCAAUGAUCUGAUUGGUGGAAGUCGAUAACAACAAAUCCACGCUUCCAGUCAUCUUUUCGGGAAGGAGCGAGAGCUCAUUUUUCAGGAAAGGCUGAGAAAUCGAGGCUAUUUUAAAAAGGGAGAUUCCAGUUAAAAACACCAACAACAAUCGUCAAUAAUUUAACGUUUCUGUUUGUCUUGCUUGUCUGUUCCUUUUUUGGACGACGUAGAAGACUCUCGAAUUAUCCUGGCAUUUUCCUCUCGGUUCUAUUAUUGGAAAUACUUUGUUUAACCCGACUACGACAAAUAGGUAGCUUAGUUUUGUCUUGCCCAAAAAGCAAAACAAAACCCCUUUGACAUUUCUUUUUAAAUUUUAUAGGCAACAGACUUACUAAGUUCAUAACUCAAGCCCCUUUUUUUGUAUAGCAAAACAGUGCAAACGCCCAAAACAGGACGCUCCGAAACACAAAGGUAUUAACUCUAACAACUGAAGAUGCGCGUCUCAAAAUAUGAAAAAUACUCUUGGUGCUUAAGACAAAGAAUACGAUGCUGUGUUCAUUCAAGAGCAAACUAAGGAGCUGGAUGUUCCAAAUCUGUUCUCCUUUUGAGACUUUACAUUUUUGAGCAGCAAGUAAUAAUCGCUAUGGUAUUUUAGCCGUCUCUCCUUGCUACUCGCCGCUAGGGAGUCGCUUCGCCAGGAGGGAAGUCUGCAGGGACUGAAAAUCUAUACCGAUGACGGAAAAUCUGUCCGGAAGCUGGUCAGGAGCUCUGAUUGGCCAAAGGAGUAGUUACAUUGUUUUAGCUAUUGCUUACGAAUGACCGACAAAGACAAAGGGCCACGAAGGUCAAAUGAAAACGCGAUGAAUUACUACAAAACAGUUAAUAUUAGUGGAAUUUAUUCUUCCUUACAAGAAGCAUCUGAGUUUUGCUGAAGCUCGUUCGCAGAAGAACCCAAAACUUUACCAUAAUCGAUCAGGAGAAACAAAAUCGAACAACUAUUCAUUUGGAACCCCGUAACUAACAGGUUAAUUAUGUAAACAUCGAUUUUACCACCAGUGUGGAAUUUCUGUUGUUGAGGGGAAGACGUCCCUCCUGGCGAAACUUCCCUACCGGCGAGGAGCGAGGAGAGACAGCUGUUUUCUCAGGCUAAUGGUAUUUCUCCUCUCCCUGUGAAGAGUUAAUUUAAGUUGUUCUCAUGGUUGAAACACUGCAAGAGGCUACUGGUGGUAAGUUGAUAAACCAUAAAUCUGUCCCUUUCCAGGGCAAGUUUGUGUCGACAAGUCAAAACAGCGGUUUCACAGAAGUGUGUUGCCCAGCCCAGCACCCGUUGACAUGCCUGCCAAAAGAAAAGUAGAGCCCAGCAAGCCGAAGGCUCGCAAGAUGCGCAGUUAUAACAUCGGUAAAGACAGCACUUGCAUCGGACAAGAAAAUGCUUUGCAUGGAGAGAGGUACAAUUAG